ACAAAAAUGGGGAUCAUACCGUCAGACAUUUAACCAGGAUGGACUUAUCGGAUGUAUUAACUUCCGUCAUGGCCACGAUUCCGGCCAAUUUACCGCCAAACUCUUCAUUUGAGAAUGUCAAUCACACCUCCUCUUCCUCUCCGAGAUCUCCUCCUCUACCUCCUCACUCGCAGGUGGCGUCAGUCUUCAUCGUGCUGGUGGUCUCGGUCAUCAUACUGGGGACUGUGGUGGGUAACGUGCUGGUGGUGGUGGCUGUGUUCACCAGCCGAGCCCUGAGGCCGCCGCAGAAUCUCUUCCUGGUGUCUCUGGCUUCAGCGGACAUACUGGUGGCGACGCUGGUCAUCCCCUUCUCCUUGGCGAAUGAGGUCAUGGGCUACUGGUACUUUGGUUCCAUCUGGUGCUCCUUCUACCUGGCUCUGGACGUGCUCUUCUGCACUUCCUCCAUCGUCCACCUCUGCGCCAUCAGCCUCGACCGCUACUGGUCAGUCACCAAAGCUGUCAGCUACAACCGCAAACGGACGCCCAGACGGAUUAAAAUGAUGAUCAGCAUCGUGUGGCUCAUAUCCAUCAUCAUCUCCUCCCCACCGCUCCUCAUGACGCAGAAGGAGGAGGAUUUGGGGACGGAGGAGGAGAGCGACAUGCAGAGGCAGGAGUGUCUCCUCAUCAACCAGACGUGGUACAUCCUCUCCUCCUGCCUCGUGUCCUUCUUCGCCCCGGGCGUCAUCAUGAUACUCGUGUAUUGUAAGAUCUACCGUGUUGCCAAGCAGCGGGCGUCCACUGUGUUUGUGGCGAAGAACGUGCUGGAGCGGCAGCCAUCGCAGUCUGAGACCUGCUUUGUGGGUGCGUCCAGGACUUGCCAAAGAAAGGGAGCCGGCUGCGGUGACUCCCAGUACGAACUGGACAGCCCGCGGCCUGCCAACAGACACAGCUCUUCCAACAUGGACAGCAACAGCAGCCACAGGAGAGGAGAGCUGGACGAUAUCGACUUGGAGGAGAGGAGCUGCGAGGCUGCUAUAAAAACAUCCUCCUCAUUUUCCUCCGCUCUCCGCUUCUCCAGGAGAGCCGGCGUAAGUGUGAAAUCAGAGGAGCGGAAGGACGCAGAGGGACAAUCAAACAGGUUGAAGCCUCCUCCUCCUCCUCCUCCGUCCUGCGCCUCCAUAUCAUGGGCAUCAUCUGAGAACUGCUCCCACCACUUCCUCCUCCCGUCUCCGGUGCCUCUCCGCAGCAGGCAGAUGUCUCUGUCCAAAAACAAAGUGGCACAGAUGAGAGAGAAGCGCUUUACAUUUGUUCUGGCAGUGGUGAUGGGGGUUUUUGUCCUCUGCUGGUUCCCGUUCUUCUUCACCUACAGUCUGCAGGCUGUCUGCAGAGAGAACUGCGCGAUCCCCGACGCACUCUUCAACCUGUUUUUCUGGAUCGGAUACUGCAACAGCUGCCUGAACCCCAUCAUAUACACCAUCUUCAACCGAGACUUCAGGAGGGCCUUCAAGAAGAUUUUAUUCCACACUCACAAACGAACAUAACAUGUGAAUGUACGUGUGUUUGACGAACACAAAUGUGUGCACACAGUUUUAAUCCUGUUUUCCACUGUGCUGUCAUACCGACAUUAAAGGGCUUGCC